AAGCUCCAUCAGCUGUGCAGACCGGAAGCUGCAGCGUUAACGGAUCUUCAUCUUCAUCAUCGUCCUCCUCCUCCUCCUCCUCCUCCUCCUCCUCCAGUGACCAUGGACACCAGAGCCGUGAAGAACCCGUACCCUGACUAUGAUGGCAACUCCUCGCAGCUCUUUGACGCCCAGGGGAAGCUCACCCCAGAGUUCAGCCAGAGACUGAGCAGGAAGGUGAGCGAGCUCCUGUCCAUCAUGGAGAACGGGCUGAAGUCUGCGGAUCCCAGGGACUGCACCAUGUACACGGGCUGGGCAGGCGUCGCUCUGCUCUACCUGCACCUCCACAGCGUGUUCCAGGAGGAGUCCUUCCUCCACCGGGCCCUGGACUACGUCAGCCACAGCCUGAAGUGUCUGACCCGGCGCCAUGAUGUCACCUUCCUGUGCGGCGACAGCGGGCCGCUGGCCGUGGCCGCCGUGGUCUACUUCCGCCUGCAGAGGCCGCAUGAGGCCGACGAGUGCAUCAACCGACUGCUGCAGUUUCACCAGACGGUGGUGCAGGGAUCGGGGGGGCUGCCGGACGAGCUGCUCUACGGCCGAAUGGGCUUCCUCUACUCCCUCGUCUUCAUCAACCAGCAGCUGGGGCAGGACAGGAUCCCGCUGCAGUACAUCCAGCAGAUCAGCGAGAGCGUGCUGGCGUCGGGCGAGCACCUCAGCAGGAAGUUCAGGUUCCAGAACCAGAGCCCUCUGAUGUACGAGUGGUACCAGGAGCAGUACGUGGGCGCCGCACACGGACUCGCCGGCAUCUACUACUUCCUCAUGCAGCCGGGCUUCGUCUCUCAGGUGGAGCACGUGCACCGGCUGGUGAAGCCCAGCGUCGACCACGUGUGCCGACUCAAGCUGGCGUCGGGAAACUACCCCCCCUGCAUCGGCGACGACAGAGACCUGCUGGUGCACUGGUGCCACGGCUCGCCGGGCAUCGUCUACACACUCCUGCAGGCGCACAGGGCCUUUGGAGAAACCCAGUACCUGUACGACGCCCUGCAGUGUGGAGAAGUGGUUUGGCGCUGGGGCUUGCUGAAGAAAGGCUACGGGCUGUGUCACGGCGCCGCGGGUAACGCCUACACCUUCCUGGCUCUGUACCGGCAAACUCGGGAUCCAAGGCACCUUCACAGAGCCUGCAUGUUUGCCGACUGGUGCAUGAACUACGGCCAACAUGGCUGCCGAACUCCAGACACUCCCUUCUCCCUCUUUGAAGGCAUGGCCGGCACCAUCUACUUCCUGGCCGACAUUCUGCAGCCCAUGAAGGCGAGGUUCCCAGCCUUCGAGGUGUGACAGCCCCCCCCACAGAAGAAGACUCGUCUUCCUGCUGUCUGUCGCACUCGUGCAUGAGAACACUGCGUCCAUCUGGGUAAAUAAUAAACAGAGACUCCACAAGCAACUCGCCGGCUGGCGUUGACUCCUGCUUCAAGUUUCUGCUGCUGUUAACUAUCUUAUCUCAUUUCUUAAUUAUCUCUUAAUGUAUGUGAAAGCUGAGAGUUCCUUCAUGUGUAUUCAUUUAACUCAAUAUGGUGGCGUCCUCUAGGGCCUAACCCGAGGGCUGCAGGAAACUCACUUUCGAUUAAGUAAAAAGUUGUUUUGUUAAAGUUGUAAAGCAGUAUAUUUCAUUUAUUCUGUAAAUUUGUUACAUUAAAAAAGAAAUAAAUGCUUUACGUUGAUAUUAUGUGAGAAACGUCAUCAGUAAAUAUACUCCCAGUGCACUAAAUAAAACCCAGUGUCCUGUCCUCUGCUCUGUGUGGACAAUAAACCGUGUGUUUUUACAA